GAAAAUAGUGUGUCAAUACGCUAGUUAAUUCCUGAUUUGACUCGCGCCGAUUGCGCCAUAAACGCGAACCGGUUAUCGCAGGGCUUGCCGCGGAAUCUCUACGCUCACUACAGAAGCGCUGUGAACACCUGCACCUGUGUACGGACUGUACACACUUGCUGCUCUCAAGUGCUGCUCUGGCACUGUGCCUCGCCGCAGCGCUAAGCACGCUGCCGCGACGAGUCAUCACAAGCUGGCUCGCGUCGCACUCCUCGCAACGUCGGCCGCCGCCCUCAGCAUGCAGUCGUCCCCAGCAUUUUCAAGAAAUAUAGAACCAAUAGCCGACGCCAUGGCCGCGCAGGGCUUUGAUAGAUGCGAGUUCCUGUUAGAACUAGGCUGCGGCCCCGGCGAGCACGUCGUAGAAUUCGCAAAGAGAUGGGAGGAACCGUUCUUCCAGCCCACGGACUGUAGCAGGGCAGCCAUUACGUCCACGGAUCUGCGCGCGAGGGAGGCGGGGCUGCGCGCUACGAGAAUCUGUCCCGCGCGCAUCGUCGACGUGGCGGAAGAUGAAUGGCCGCAGGUCGAGGGCGAUCCACCAUAUGACGGUAUCUACUCAAUAAAUGUGGUACAUAUCAUGGCGAAGACUGCCAUUCCUUCGUUCUUCGCGGGCUGCGGCCGGAAUUUGAGGCCCGGAGGUCUCCUUGGAUUGUACGACACCUGGACGUUUGAUGGUGAGUUCGUGGGGCCGAACAACCAGCGCUUUGAUCAAUCAUUACGCUCACAGGGCUACGGCGGCGUCUCUUCGAUUGAAGAGUGUGAUCAAGCGGCAUCAAAGGCGGGCCUGGAGAGAAUUGACGUGUCAUAUUUGCCGGCGAACAACCAGUUCGUCACGUACCGCAAGAUUGACGACGGUGAUAUUACACCCGCGUCCCUCGAGUUCCGGGAAGCGGUCAUGAGGGCGGAUCUGCAGGAGGAGGAUGCAAGGGCUCCUCCCCUACCGAUGGGUCCAUCCCCAGAUGACUACACGGGCGAGCUGCCGGUCGCCGGCGCCGAGGGCUUCGCCGACGGUGUGGGUGGCGAGGACGAUCUGUGACUGUCGUCGACGCCGUCGACGCGACAAAAAAUAUAACUAAGUUUUCCUGUUUUUUA